UGCAGUCCAAGCAGCUCCACUCCCCCUCUCCCGGCACAGGACUGCUGCUGUGGAGAUGGGAUGCUGAUCCAGACUGGGAAUAUUUAAUGCCUGGAAUCUUAACUCUGGGUGGAUCACUGCACCGUGAGGCGGCGUGCUGGGGAACACGGGAACUAUCUGAAAGGAGAUCAUUUGGACUAGUUUGGACUUUUUUAAGGUGUUCUGAUUUUGCAGCCUUCUCCUGAAGCUGGAAUAAUGUCUCUGGGCAGAUGCAGGCAGGCCAUGCUUGCAGCAGAGAUCUGCACCCUGAUGGCAAUUCUGGUGGCAGGCACUGCAGGACAGAGCCAGGACAGGAGGGAGGCAGGGUCCUCCUGCUACGGGGGGUUUGACCUUUACUUCGUUUUGGACAAGUCCGGGAGUGUACAACACCACUGGAAUGAGAUCUAUUACUUUGUCGAUCACCUGGCUCAUAAAUUCAUAAGUCCUCAGCUGCGGAUGUCCUUCAUUGUAUUUUCUACAGAGGGACGGAUCCUGAUGAAACUAACAGAAGACAGGGAGCAGAUUCGGGCAGGCCUGGAGGAGCUCCGCAUGGUGCACCCUGGGGGAGACACUUUCAUGCACAAAGGGUUCCAAAGGGCCAGUGAACAAAUCUACUAUGCUGGUGACAGUUUCCGUACGGCCAGUGUCAUCAUUGCCUUGACAGAUGGCGAACUGAGGGAGAAUCAGUUUGAUCUGGCAGAGAGAGAGGCCAGCCGAUCGCGUCAACUGGGCGCCUCAGUCUACUGCGUGGGAGUAAAAGACUUCAAUGAAACCCAGCUUUGGACAAUAGCCGACAGUAAGGACCAUGUCUUCCCUGUAAAUGAUGGCUUUGAGGCACUGCAAGGAGUCAUUGAUUCAAUCCUGAAGAGAUCAUGCAUUGAGAUCUUGGCAGCAGAGCCCUCUAGUAUCUGUGAAGGAGAGUCCUUCCAGGUGGUAGUGAAAGGAAAUGGUUUCUCACAUGCCCGCGAGGUGGGGAAGGUCCUUUGUAGCUUCCGCAUCAACGACACUCUUACUUUGAUGAAAAGACCAUUGGUCGUGAGAGACACCUACCUGCUGUGUCCAGCUCCAAUAUUGGAGGAGGAGGGGACGGCAGCUACCCUCCACGUCAGUAUGAACAAUGGCCUGAGUUUCAUAUCUAGUUCCGUCACCAUCACCACUGUCAGCUGUUCUGAUGGGACGUUCUUGGCCAUAGCUCUGCUCAUCCUGCUGCUCCUGCUGAUGCUGGCUCUGCUCUGGUGGUUCUGGCCUCUCUGCUGCACAGUGAUCAUCCAUGAGCCUCCACCUCCGGUACUGGAGGACAGCUCAGACGAGGACGAGGACGGGUAUCCCAAGAAGAGGUGGCCCACUGUUGAUGCCUCAUACUACGGUGGCCGAGGUGUGGGUGGCAUCAAGAGAAUGGAGGUCCGCUGGGGUGACAAGGGUUCCACUGAGGAGGGGGCCAAACUAGAGAAAGCCAAGAAUGCCCGCGUCAAGAUGCCAGAGCAGGAGUUUGACAUGGCACCAACACGCACUCUCAACAACGGCAUGCACAAACCCAUCAGUCCCCAGAAGUGGUACUCCCCUAUAAAGGGCAAGCUGGAUGCUCUGUGGGUGUUCCUGAGGAAAGGCUAUGAUAGGGUGUCUGUGAUGAGACCCCAUCCUGGAGACAAGGGCAGGUGCAUUAGCUUCACCCGGGUGAAAGGCUACCCUGCUCCUCGUUAUCCAGUCUACAACCAGCCCUCCACGGCCAUCUACAGUCUGCCUCACACCUACAGUCACCCUUCCUCACACAGCACCCUCUCCCAUAUGCCCCCCUCUCCCACCUCCACUCUACCACCUCUGCCAUCCACUCCCCCCCCUCCAUCCUGCAUCACCCCUCCCCCUUACACCCCCCCUCCAAACCGAGCUCUGCCCCCCACUUCUCUAAGUCCUCCCCCACCUGUUGCUCCACCCACCCCUCCCCUCUUUUGCCCUGCCACCCCUCCACCCUUUUGCCCCGCCACACCCCCUUCCCCAACUGGCUCUCUGCCCCCACCCCCUCAGGUCCCACCCCCAUGCAGAGCUCCCCCCCCUUCCCGCCCUCCCCCACGCCCGUCUGACCAAUGCCUGUGA